AUGUGGGAUGGGGUCUACAGAGUUAUAAGCCGUACUACGCAAAGAAAGGAGGAUAUCCCCCUUGUACGAGAUGGAAAGACCCUUGGAAACACGGAAUCAGCAAGAGCACUGGCAGAGACCUUUUAUCCAGAUGAUAACACCCAAGACGACGACGCGGAACACAGGCUGAAGAGAAAAAUAGCUGAAGUAGUAAAUGAAGGGUCACUUGAUGACUCAAGUGAUCCGCCCUUUACGAUUGAAGAGCUAAUGUGGGCCGCGUCGAGUUUUAACCCCAAAAAGGCUCCUGGGAACGAUGGUCUCACGGCUGACAUCUGCAUGGCGGCUAUCACUCUGGAUCCUCCACUGUUCCUGGCAUUGGCCAAUAAAUGUCUUCAUCUGUCAUAUUUCCCCAGUAAAUGGAAGGAGGCGGCAGUGGUGGUUUUGCGGAAGUCCGAAAAGGAGGACUACACGCAUCCCAAAUCCUACAGGCCGAUUGGGCUUUUGCCUGUUUUAGGGAAAGUAGUAGAAAAAAUGAUGGUACGAAGGAUCAAGUGGCACAUCGUACCCAAAAUAAGCAAAAGCCAAUAUGGCUUUAUGCCACAGCGUAGUACGGAGGACUCCCUCUAUGACAUGAUACAGUAUAUAAAAGCCAGGACCAAUGAUAAAAAAUUGGUCUUGCUUGUGUCACUUGACAUAGAGGGAGCCUUCGACAACGCCUGGUGGCCGGCUAUACGAUGUAGCCUUGCAGAGAUAGGAUGCCCAAAAAACAUUAGGCGACUGACAGACAACUAUUUUGAGGAUAGGUCAGUUUGCAUAAAGUACUUAGGGACAGAAUGGGUUAAAAAGACUACGAAGGGAUGCGUGCAGGGCUCAAUAGGCGGUCCAAUAUUUUGGAACCUUUUGCUUAAUCCACUUCUGCAAGAGCUAAACAAUGGAGGGGACCGCUGCCAUGCAUUUGCGGAUGAUGUAGUCCUGAUUUUCUCUGGAGAUAAUGCACUGGAAGUGCAGGAACAAGCCAAUGCGGCCCUCGAACGUGUUCGGAAGUGGGGAGUCAAAAAUAAGCUGAAAUUUGCUCCGCAUAAAACUAAAGCAAUGAUUAUUACAAAUAAGAUUUAG